AUGUUUUCCAGGAAAUCCACUCUGCUCAAAUGCAUUGCACAUCUCAACGUCUACGAAGGAGAAGUUCUCUACCGUGGCAAGAAACCCAUAGACUAUGGUAUCUCCACAUAUCGAACUCGUGUACAAUACGUUCCCCAACGCGCCUCUCUACUCUCUGGAACGCCCCGUGCGUUUCUCCAAACGGUCCUCUCGUUCAAGUCACGUAGUGGAAUGGAGAAAUACACCUCGAGCGUCGACGGCCCAAUUGAGCUGGCGGAGACUUGGGGUGUCGACAGUUCAGUUUGGGAUCGAGCAUGGAGCUCGCUCAGUGGCGGAGAAGCACAACGAGUCGCUCUGGCACUCGCAGUCGGACUCCCGACGGCUGAAAUUCUUUUGCUUGAUGAACCAACGAGCGCACUCGACGAAGAAACGUCCGAGUUGGUAGAGAAGCAUCUCUUGAACCUCCUACGCUCGCAGGGAACUUUGAAGGCCAUCAUUUGGAUCACACAUUCGAAAGCUCAAGAACAACGUGUCGGCACACGCCACUUGUCUCUCGAGACUGGUCGCCUUUCACAUCACGAAAACGUUUAA